AUGGCCGAGUUUGCAAGUGCAAUUAUAGGACUAGCUGCCGUGGGGAUUCAGACAAGCAAGAGUCUGCAUAGCUUGAUCGAAACGUACAAGGAUGCGCCAACUGAGAUUUUAGCCCUGUCAGACGAAGUCACCGCCUUCCGAACGAUGCUUUCGCAAUUGAAAGAAGUGGAUGAAUUGGAAGAGUGGACAUCGCAAGAGCGUGCCGACGCUAGGAAUUGUUUGGACGCAAUGUCAAAGAACGGAAAGCACGUUGCUCAAGAGAUUGAGAAGUUAAUCAGAAAUGCAGCGCGAGGCAUGGUCUUCAAGUAA